GCCCGAAACCGAAAGUUUUAGCUAGAAGCGAGAAGUUGUAGCUAACGUCCUUUAUCGUGUGUGUAGAUUGUAUUGUAUUAUAACGCGACUCUAAGCUUCAUACACGCUUCUUUUAUUAUAUAUCGUAAGUAUUAAUAACGUAGUAAUAACAUUAGUAAGAUGAAGGGCCUGUGAUGAUGAAGAUGAUGAAGUACGACGAUAGUUAGUUAUCACCGACGCUCAGAGGAUUCAUCUUGUUUUUGGGGGCUUUAAAGUGGCUGAUUUCAUUACUAAAGGUGCGCUGUGUAGCUGAUCAGAGACAUGGAUCCUGAUAAUGAAGUGGCACGCAUUUUUAGGCCGGGGAAUGAGGAAGGAGAAGCAGACGAAAAGGACAAGGACAAGUGGAACAGACCGCCCUCCAGCUAUGGUUCAAUGAAGAGUGACAGCGAUAAGAUGGAGGAGGAGGAGGAGGGGGAAGGAGAUGAAGAAGACGUUCAUGAAGCCUGCCCUUCUCCUGUUGAUGGAGCAUAUAUUGAGCCGACUGAUCAUGAAGGGACAGGAUUGCGGCUGCAUCGCCCCGAGUCCCCAGAAACCCUGUUCACCAUAACCACGAUGCAGACCAAACCGCCAGGAGCUCUUGUCAUUGACACCAGGUCUUCUGAUCUGGAGGUAAAUUCAGAAGACGAUGAAGAGGAUAUGGAUGAAGUUUUGGUCGCUGACUCUCCAGAACCACCCGAGCCUGUUGAACCAGAUGAUGCAAUGCAGACUGAAGAUGGCCAGCCAGGCAAACUACACCCAGAGCAGGACAUGCCUUUUCUAUUCAAGACUAUCCAGGAAGCGCUGUCAGUACUCAAAAGUGAAGAGCUAUACAAUUUUAAGAUGCGGUUUUACCAGCGAGAGAAAGGCCUCACCCUGCAGCAUGUGCUGGAGGGAGACAUUCUUGAUUUUGUGGACAAGAUCAUUGAGGUGCUCGGCCAGGAGGAGGCCGUGUUACAAACAGUGAGUACUUUUGAAAAUGUCAACAAAAAAGCAGAGGCAGUCGAACUAGAGGAAAAGUGCAAGAGAUCGUUGAUCCGGUAUCGCCUGAAGCAGUACUACGUCAGAAAACAUCAAAUCAUCCGCGAGGGCGUCGUUCGAGCCGGAAAGCAGAACUUUCUGAAUAACGUCUACGUCGAGCCUCAGAUCUCCACCUGCGGUAAAGGAGGAAUUGACCCCUUCCACGAGUUACGGCCCCGCCGGCCUUCUGCUUUCCAGCUCCCCAGUCCUGACACAUUUGUCGGUUUGAACAAUCUGUUCAGACAACAGAAGGCAGAUGGCCAGCCGGUGAGGAUGGUGGUGACGACUGGGAUUCCAGGAAUUGGAAUGACUGUAUCUGUGGGGAAGUUCUUGCUGGACUGGGCAGAACAAGUUGCCAAUAAGGAUCUGCAGUUCGUCUUCAAACUCUCAUUCCGCACUUUCUGGUAUCUGCAAAACAAAACCGUUGCUCCGCCAGACAAGAUGUCUAUGAUAGAAAUGAUAGGAUAUUAUUAUCCUCAGUGCAAAGACAUGAAAUUCCUGGAGGAAGAGGGCUGUAAAUUCCUCAUCAUAAUGGACUCAUUCGAUUGUUACCAAGCUGCUCUGGACUGGGAGAACGCUCCGGUAAUAACUGACAUUCACACCAAAGCAAAUCCUGAUGUCUUGGUUGUGAACAUAUUCCGUGGCACUGUGCUUCGAGGGGCCCGUGUUUGGGUCCUGGGCCGACGGGCGGCCGUCUCACAAAUACCAUCCAAGUUCAUCGACCUCUUCACCGAAAUCCAGGGCUUCAGUGACGAGAUGAAAGACGAGUACCUGACCAAACGCUUUACCGAUAAAAGGCUGGCGGCAAAAAUUGUGGCCCAUUACAAGCGCCUACCGUCGGUCAUCAUGCUUACGCGUCAGCCCUUUAUCUGCUGGAUGGUGGCCGCCAUUUAUCCACGCCAAUUCCGUAAUCCGGACUACGGAUCGAAUCCCCCCAGACUGACGCCGUUCUAUAUCAACAUUAUGAUCGUCCAGAUGAACCGCAGGCUGCAGUUCUACUAUGGAAAGGGGGAUCAUGACCUGAAAUGGACAGAUGAGGACAAGUUCCUGCUGACAAGGAUGGGGAAGAUGUCCUUAAAGAUGCUGGAGAAGAAUACCAGCGUGUUCUACGAAGAGGAUGUGAAGGAGUUCGGUCUGAAGCUCACAGAGGUGACGGUGUUGUCUGGCCUGUGUACUGAGCUCCCCACUGCAGCCGACGGCAAGAGGAUGUUCUCCUUCAUACACGUCACUCUUCAGGAGUAUAUGGCUGCUAUGUACGUCUUCACGAUGUUUCGCACAGACGGCAAGAACGUUCUGGAGUCUGGGAUGCACAUUCCCAAGAUCUUCGCCGCCAAGGAUCAGACCAAAUCGCCAGUAGGUAUGGUCCACUGCGCCUUGGAGCGAACCUUCACCGCCCCGCUGGGACACUUCGACUUGUUCCUGCGCUUCCUGUGUGGCAUGCUUUCCCCCCAAUGCCACGAAGAACAGCUGAGCGGGUGCCUUUACUGCCACCACGCCCCGAAGGUGGGCGGACUUGAAGAGGUGCAGCGGCUGCUGGAGAAGAAAAUACAGACUGCUCCUGCAGACCGAGUGGAAAACUUAAAGGAGUGCCUUAGAGAAUUAAUCCAAAAGGACGAGUGAGUCGGGAUCAGUUUGCAUCAUGACAAUCAGUCACUUUAUAUGGAUGUGAGAAUUCAAAGUGCGACUCUGAAAACACUCAAAUCUGUGUCAUUUUGUGUUUGAUAUUAAGUUUUCAUAUGUUAGACCAGUGCUGUUUGAUCACGACGUUAAGAGUCUGUUAGUCAUGUGACUGAUAUAACUGACAAAAACAAUGUUCUGUGCAUCUCUGCAGUAUCUUUGUCAUGACUUGCAAUGAGCACUAAUGAAAACGUCCUGACAUCGAUCUUACUUCACUCAGCCGCCAUUUGCCAGUUAAAUAUAUGCAUUUUGUUUCUCCUCGAUGAAACACACAAGACUGGCAAAACUGAAUGAACUGUAAAAUAAGCAGCAAGUAUCACAAGAUAUGAUAAUGUUUUCAAGAAGCAAAAAUCUGACUUUCCUUAAAAACUUACACAUUUAUAACAGAUUUCUCUCCAUAUAUGCGGGUGAAACCAUAUUUGGCAUAAUUAUUUUUGGAGGAAACCACCCUGAAGACCACAAAGAGGAGAAACUUACAUUGUAAUUUAUUUAGAGUUGUUUUGUCAGUGUGUUGUUAUAAUGGGCCAAUGAGAUUUUUAGUUUUUAGUUUAUGAUACGAAUGUAAUGAAAAGCAUUUUUUUCAGCUUGGUUGGGCUAUGAGUACGCACAUUUGUCUGCGUAUGUGUCUUUUGUAAUUGAUUACUUAUUAAAUUUUUUAGCUUU